AAUUCUCGCGAGAUUUACACCAGGAAGUGCACGCUGACACCGGCGUGGUAGCAACUAGCAAAGCGCUAGUCGCACGCCCUUUUAAAGUUUAGCCACGUUUGUUUGUCAUUUCUCCAACGUUUAUCGUGAACACGGAACUGCGACGCAAACUUCGGUCAUCAUGAGCAUACUCGCCAAAAUAGCAGAGAUUGAAAAUGAGAUGGCCAGGACGCAGCGGAACAAGGCCACCGCUCACCACUUGGGCCUGCUCAAAGCACGUCUGGCCAAACUAAGGCGGGAGCUCAUCACGCCAAAGGGAGGCAGCGGUGGCGGCACGGGAGAAGGUUUUGACGUCGCCAAAACUGGCGACGCUCGCGUUGGCUUUGUGGGUUUUCCCUCAGUGGGGAAGUCGACAUUGCUGAGCAACCUGGCGGGGGUCUACUCUGAGGUCGCCGCCUACGAGUUCACCACCCUCACAACGGUACCGGGAGUCAUUCGCUACAAAGGAGCCAAAAUCCAGCUUCUGGAUCUCCCUGGAAUCAUUGAAGGGGCCAAAGAUGGCAAAGGCAGAGGCAGACAAGUUAUUGCAGUGGCUCGAACUUGCAACCUCAUCCUGAUCGUGCUCGACGUGCUGAAGCCUCUCUUGCACAAGAGGCUAAUAGAACACGAGCUGGAGGGCUUUGGCAUCCGACUGAACAAGCAGCCGCCCAACAUCGGCUUCAAGAAGAAGGACAAAGGCGGCAUCAACUUUACCGCCACUUGUGCGCAAAGCGAGCUCGACGGCGACACGGUGAAGACCAUCCUGUCCGAGUACAAGAUCCACAAUGCCGACAUCACCCUCCGCAGCGACGCCACGGCGGAUGACCUCAUCGACGUGGUGGAGGGAAAUCGCGUCUACAUCCCUUGCAUUUACGUGCUGAACAAAAUUGACCAGAUCUCCAUCGAGGAGCUCGACGUCAUCUACAAGGUGCCGCACUGCGUGCCCAUCUCGGCCCACCACCGCUGGAAUUUCGACGACCUGCUGGAGAAAAUGUGGGACUACCUCAAGCUCGUGCGGAUCUACACCAAACCCAAAGGCCAGCUCCCCGAUUACACGUCUCCCGUCGUCCUGCCCGACCAACACACCGCUGUGGAGGACUUCUGCUUGAAGAUUCACAAGAACCUCAUCAAGGAAUUGAAAUACGCGCUCGUGUGGGGAUCGUCUGUCAAACACAACCCUCAAAAGGUGGGCAAGGACCACGUGAUGGAAGACGAGGAUGUUAUCCAGUUGGUGAAGAAGUAAUACAGGGGAGAAAUUUAUAUAUCUAUAUAAAUCUGUGUGGCAUCAAGUGCAUGGCUCCAGUAUCACAAAGGCAGACACAAUCCAGCUUCUGUGUCAUAUGCGUGUCACUAUUGUCUUAUUUUAAAAUGGAUGACAUGGAUGUACAUGUCACAUGGAAACACUUCAACACCAUGAUUAGUUCAUAUUGAAUAUUGGUUCAUGCUUGCAUUGAAAUGGAAACAAAAUAUCAAACAAUAAAAAAAAAAUCACAACUUUGAAAGA